CUUCUGUCGUAUCUUAUCGGCACCACCACCAACCAAGCUUCUUUGCAGUCAGAGAUAUCUCUUUCGAGCAGCGUCGAAAACGUUCUGAAGAGAAUCUACCGGAAACACAAUCAUCCUACCGUAAUAAAGGCGGAGACAAGACGGAGACUUUCUUCGAUUCCCCAAAAAGUGGCUUUGGAAACACUCAGUAAAGUUUUCAAUGCGAGACGUCUUAAAAGAACCCUUGAUGGGUUCAUCAUCUAUCUUCUUGACCAUUCCGUUUCUGCUUAUGGCUCUCCACCCCCGUCCACUCCUGCUCCGGUACUGUCUCCUACAACUCCUGGGACAAAAAGUUGCAGCCUUUUUCAAGCAAAGAUGUCUCUUCUUGAUUCUCAAGUUCCUUCUCCUCACUCUUGGAAACUACAAGGCAAUGAUUGGAUUCAACCUGAGCUCUUGGCUUUGGGUGAACUUGAGUUUAGAAAGGCCUUUAUGUUGCUUAGCUAUAUUCCAGGGCAAUCUCUGAGCCAAGUUAUAACUGCUGAUGAGAUCAGACAAUGGAAGAAUUUGCCUAUGGUUGAAUACGAAGUUGCAGUUUGGAACCGCUUAGGCUGGCGUUAUUGUUCCUCUAAAGACGGAAGAGUUCCGCUUGAAUGGGACAGCGGGAAUACACACUAUUAUCAGUGUCUUGUUUCUCCCGACGGUAGCUACAGACUCAAGGGCCCUCUUGUGGAGAGCACUGGAACACACCUUCACAAGGUUUUGGGUGAUGAUAAUGUUUUAACUGUCAAAUUCGCCGACGUUCCAGGCCAUGAAUUGUACUAUUCUACAUAUAGAGAACUUGCGAAGAUUGGUAUCAUGAUUGGUUUACGCCGUUAUCAGUUUUUUGUUUUCAAAGAUGGAGGAAAAGAAGAGAAGAAGAAAGAUUUUGCUACCAAGGGAGUGAAAUGUUACUUUAUACGCACAAAUUCUACAGCUUCGUAUGAUAUGAGAAACCCCUAUUAUAUCUUCUCUGGAAAGUCAAUUCAUGAAGCACGUAUGCAUUUUAUGCACGCUUUGCCCAAAUAUAUGGCAAGGUUUUCCUUAAUUCUCUCAAAGACUAAGAAGCUUCAAGUUGACAUGAAUGGGAUUACAUUCCAGCAAAUCCAUGAUAUACACUGCCAUGAUCAAAAUGGGAAUGAUGUUCUUGAUAAGAAUGGAAAACCUUGUAUCCAUUCAGAUGGAACUGGCUACAUCUCUGAGGACCUCGCUCGGAUGUGUCCAACAGAUCUUUUUAAAGGAAAACGCAUCAGAAAUUAUGAUAAGCAGGCAACCAGUGUUGAAGAUCCGCCUCUGCUAAUCCAGUUUCGGAUGUUUCACUCUGGAUAUGCUGUUAAAGGGACUUUUCUCUUAAACAAAAAACUUCCUCCUCGGACAGUCCAGGUUCGUCCUUCUAUGGUCAAGGUGUCCAAAGAUCAAGCCUUGUCUGAUUUUAGCACCUUUAACUCCCUGGAGGUUGUCACUACAAGUAACCCACCAAGAAGAACUAAGCUAUCGAGGAACUUGGUCGCGCUUCUGAGCUAUGGUGGAGUUCCUGAUGACUUCUUUUUGGAUAUAGUGCGCAACACGUUGGAAGAGUCGAGAACAAUAUUCGAAAACAAACGUGCUGCUGUGAAUGCUGCUCGUAAUUAUGGGGAUAUGGACGACUAUAAAGCUUAUGAAAUGAUCAUGUCGCGUAUCCCACUUGACGAACCACACUUGAAGGAUCAUCUGUCUAUUCUUCUAAAGACAGAAAAGAAUGAUCUGAAAGCAGGAAAGCUUCUUGUUACCGAGUCAUACUAUCUCAUGGGCACGGUUGAUCCCACCGGAAAGCUCAAGCAAAACGAAGUCUGCGUCAUCCUGGAGACUGGGCAAAUAUCAGGGAAAGUGCUAGUUUACAGGAACCCUGGGCUACAUUUUGGAGACAUACAUGUACUUAAGGCUACAUAUGUUCAAGCCUUGGAAGAGUAUGUAGGAAACUCCAAGUAUGGUGUGUUCUUCCCUCAGAAAGGUCCAAGAUCUUUGGGUGAUGAGAUUGCAGGUGGUGACUUUGAUGGUGAUAUGUAUUUCAUAUCCAGAAAUCCCAAGCUACUGGAACACUUCAAGCCCUGUGUAGUACCAUGGGUUAGCUCUUCUCCUCCUAGUAGAAUUUAUACUGGUCCAGCGCCAAGUGAACUUACACCAGAAAUGCUGGAAGAAAAGCUUUUCAGUAUGUUUUUGGAGGCAAGAUUUAAUUCCAGCAACGUUGUAGGGGCAGCUGCUGAUAGCUGGCUAAGCAUAAUGGACCGUUUCCUCACGUUAGGAGAUGAGAGAGCUAAGGAAAAAGCUGGGAGGAAGAAACAAAUUCUGAAGGCUAUUGAUGUAUACUAUGAUGCUCUUGAUGCACCAAAAAACGGUGCCAGGGUCGAACUCCCAUUAGACUUAAGACUCGUGGAUUUUCCACAUUACAUGGAGAAUAAGCAUAAGAAAAGUUUCAACUCCACUUCUAUUCUUGGAUUGAUCUAUGACACCGUAGUAUCUCAGAAUGAAGAGGAACCCCCUCCAUGUGAAAUCAAGAAACUCCCGUGCUUUGAAGAUGAGAUGGUCCUUGAUUCUUACAUGGAGAAAUAUAGACGCUGGUACCAGGGAUAUAAAAGUGAAAUGAACCAGGCGAUGGGAACCGAUGAAAAUAAUAAUAAGAAGGAAUCAGCCAGUGAAGUCAUCCAGAAAUACAAGCAGGACUUCUAUGGUGCUGCAGGGUUUGAAGACAGCAAUAAAAGCUUUGAAGAGCUCUAUCAACAAGCCUUGGCACUUUACAACAUCGUUUACGAUUAUGCCAUCAUAAAGAACAAAGUUCGUUACUGCGGGUUUGUCUGGAAGGUUGCAGGACCAGUCCUGUGCAAAUUCUACCUUAAGAAAAAGAAGGAGAAGUCAGUCUUCUCUGCUGUUUCAAUGCACAAAGAGCUCUAUGGUUGAACUCUUACUUGUCAUGUUCUAUUCUGGUAAAAAUAAGCAUUCUGUAGUCUUCAUGUCUCAUAAGAUGUGUGUUAAAGCAAAUAUGUAACCAAGUAACCUGACUAAUAGGCUAAGCUAUGUGGUGAAGUGCCUUAUGUAUUAGUUAUAAUCCUUAGAUGUGCCCUCUAAUGUACAUGUUUGUGUGUAUAUUUGCUUAUGAAAUAAAAGAAUAAACAUGUUAAAUAAGA